GAAUUUAUCCUUCUCUUGGUCCUGGUGAGCAGCCAAACCUUCGUUGGGGAAAACGUUCCGGUUUGGGAUGUGGUUGAUCUCUUUUGUGGUGUGGCUCGCAUCAGCAAGCUUGCGAGCAGGGCCGGGUAUCAGGUGGCAUCCGUGGAUAUCGGCCUCAU